AUCUUCAUCAACCAGAAUGUCCAAGGGUACCUCUUCGUUUGGUAAGCGUCACACCAAGUCGCACACUCUCUGCCGUCGUUGUGGCAGACGCUCCUUCCACAACCAGAAGAAGACCUGUGCUCAGUGCGGCUACCCCGCUGCUAAGAUCAGAUCUUUCAACUGGUCCGAGAAGGGUCAGCGCAGAAAGACCACCGGUACCGGUCGCAUGCGUCACUUGAAGGAGGUUCACCGCCGCUUCAAGAACGGUUUCCGUGAGGGUUCCCAGGCCCCCAAGAAGGCCGUUGCUGCUGCCUCUGCCUAAACAGACAGACCACUCCUAAACUAGCUUUAUGUAUUUUUCGGAUGUGUAAUAAAAAAACAAGACCGUCUUUUGCUGUUGCAAAUAUAUAUAU